AUGACAACAAAUAUUGUGGAGUCCAUAAAUUCAGUUCUUCGUUUUGCAAGGAUGCUUCCGGUGGUACACUUGAUUGACGAAAUUACAAAUAUGCUUUUGUAUUGGUUUAGUCAACGACGAGAUUUAGCAAGGAAAUGUCAAUCUACAUUGUGCCCUGAUUUAGGCGAGAAGAAGUUAAGGAAGAGGUUAGACGCUGCUUCAAGGAUGAAUGUGGUCAAAAUCAAUGAUGAGGAGUAUAAUGUUCUGGAUGGUGAUAUGAACGGGCUGGUGAACUUGCAAAACCGUAGUUGUACAUGCAGGAAGUUUGACUUAGAGCAACUCCCGUGCAAGCAUGCUAUUGCGGUAUGUCGACACUUGAAAUUGAACCCCUACUCCUUGGCCUCUUCGUAUUACACACGAGCAACAUGGGCAGCUGCAUAUGCUGAAUUCAUUUAUCUUGUACCACCUCAAGGGACAUGGGUUAUUCCCGAUCAUUUGCACAAUAUAAAAAUCCUCCCUCCUCUUUCUAAGGUUAUGCCAGGGCGUCGUAAAACACAAAGAAUACCUUCUAAAGGAGAGGACCGGCGUGAAAACAAAUGCUCAAGGUGUGGUGUGAAGGGCCACUACCAAAAUACAUGCAAACAAUCUUUCCUCGUCACCAACAAGCAGCAGGUUGCGUAG